GCAAGUCCGCCAGUCAUCGAGCGGCAGUCGCGGAAGGAGCUAUCGUUUCUAAACUCGAUUUUAUUGUUACUGUUGAAAUGACAUGCGCGCAGUUCUACUUAAUUUGUGACUAAAACAAUUUAGGUAUUUGGAUUUCAGUGACAGAAUUUAGUGUUGGUGCAGUGUUAAGUCUUUAGGUUUUUUUUUAACCUGCGUUGUUUUAAACAUUGGUGCAGUGUUUAUGUUCGAAGCGCGCCGCCCGAUUCGUCCGGCGCGUGGAGGCUCGGGCACAUCGCCCCCUAGGAUUCUUACUCCUUCCAAGAGAUGAAGCGGAGGCCGGUAGCACGCUGGGCAGCCAGGUGAGGGCGUGGCGGGCGACAUGGACCACGCGGUGAAGGCGAUGUCGGCGCGCGGCCCGCUCGCUCGGCUCGUCGCGCGGCGCCGCUUCGAGUCCGCCGAGCUGGAGGAGUUGUAUGCACGAUAUGCGUGCAAGCUGCAGCGGACUUCGGUCGGCUGGGCGCUGGCGCUGUGGGCCGCUCUGGCCGCCUCGCUGGCCGCCGUCGACGCCACGCGAGGCUGGCGAAGGGCGCCGCAGGUCGGCAUCCUUAGCGCACACGCAGUGCUCUGCGGCGGCCUGGCGUGGUGGUGCGGGCGAGCUGGUGGGGUGGCGCCGGAGCGGCGACUGCCCCGCGCUUGCUGGCUGGCCCUCGCCGGCGGCGGCGUCGCUUUGGUCUCCACUCUGCCGGCCUGGGGUCCGGGCGCCGCAGCCGAGGGCGCUGCGCACGUCGUCUGGGCCGUCUUCGCCGCCUACGCCCUCCUCCCAGUAGGUGCUCCGGCGGCUGCCACCUUCGGCAUCAUCCUCCCCACCGUGCAUACUGUGGCUGCGGCGCUCAUCGCCCAUCGCUUUCCGUACCAUGUCUGGCAGCAGAUGGUGGGAAACGUGGUGGUGUUCAUAUGUGUGAACAUAGUCGGAGCUCUGAUGCAUUCGCUGAUGGAGACAGCGCAGAGGCGCGCCUUCCUCGACACCAGAAACUGUAUCGCCGCGCGGCUCGACAUGGAGGACGAGAACGAGAAGCUGGAGCGAUUGCUGUUGUCAGUGCUGCCGCAACAUGUCGCAAUGGAGAUGAAGAACGAUAUCAUUUCGCCGGUGGAGGGGCAAUUCCACAAGAUCUACAUACAAAAACACGAGCAAGUCAGCAUCCUGUUCGCGGACAUCGUGGGCUUCACGGUGCUCGCAUCGCAGUGCAGUGCGCAGGAGUUGGUGCGGCUGCUCAACGAGCUGUUCGGUCGGUUCGACCAGCUAGCCAACGAUAACCACUGCCUCCGCAUCAAGAUACUUGGCGACUGUUACUACUGCGUGUCCGGGUUGCCCGAACCGCGGUCCGACCACGCGCGCUGCACCGUCGAGAUGGGGCUCGACAUGAUCGACGCGAUAGCGUCUGUGGUGGAAGCAACGGAUGUGCAGCUGAAUAUGCGCGUGGGUAUCCACACGGGGCGGGUGCUGUGCGGAGUGCUCGGCCUCAGGAAGUGGCAGUACGACGUGUGGUCCAAUGACGUCACGCUCGCCAACAACAUGGAGGCGGGCGGAGAGCCAGGUCGAGUGCAUAUAACUCAGGCUACUCUGGAAUGCCUGGGCGGCGCAUAUGAGGUGGAACCGGGCCACGGCGCCAACCGCAAUGCUUACCUACGGGAUCAUUCUGUGCAGACCUACUUCAUCAUUCCACCGCCCAGGCGGCGAAAAAUGUGUCUAUCAACUGGAGUAGGCCUCGGUUCAUCGCGUCGGAAGCUAUCCUUCAAAAACGUCUCCAACGUAGUGGUCCAGUUACUGCACUCGAUUAAAUUCAACGUGGAUGUGCCUUUUUCCAAUAUGGCCGCCUCGCCGCAGGAACUCAAGGCUAACGCAGCCAGGAAGGUGCUGGACUUGCGGCGGGCGCUGCACGCCGAGCCGGGCUCGGCCGAGGCGCUGCGGCUGGCGUCGCUGCGUGCGGAAGACGUGAGCGCCGCGCUAGAGGGCCCCGCCCCCCCGCCGCUGCCCGCUUGCCCCGCCACCGCCCCGCACCACCACACCUUCGACGCCGUCAUGCAGCACCACGCUCUCCGCACACAUCCCACGAUGUUCCGCCCUUGGACAUUAGUUCCUCUACAAAUAGCCGCUGAAACAAAUAAAGUAACAGAGAAGUUUAAGCGGCCUCUGAAAAAGCGUCACUCGUCUGUGUACCACCAGCCCACCAACCGCGUGAACAAGUACCUGGCGCAGGCGAUAGACGCGCGCUCCGUGCAUCGGGAGAAAGCCACACAUGUCCAUCUUUUGACACUCUGCUUUAAAGACAGAGGCAAGGAGGAGCAGUACCGAGCAUCAACAGACGGCGGCUGGGCGGGGUCGCUGGGGGCAGCGCUGGGAGCCCUAGCGGCCGCGGGGGCUCUCCAGGCGGUCAUCCUGCCCCGGACCUACAUCCUGCUGAUCCUGUUCGUCACAGCCUUCGCGUGGUCCGCCGCGGUGCUGGCUCUCACGCUAGCCGCGAGACUGCGCCUCAUCCCCUGCGAUGUCUCCAGGCCUUUCGCUUUGAGAAACGCGAUAACAACGUUUACUAUUGUGUUAGGAUAUGCUGUCGGACAAGUCAAUGUUGUAACAUGUCGAAGAAUAGAUUUAUGCCAGAACCUAACAGAAAACUUCACCAUGAGCGAUGUCCGGCUUAUGAAUGGCGACAUUGCGGCUGCUCUAUGGAACAGCGACGACCAUAGAGCAUGCCCUGUCCCUAUAUACAUCACAUUAGGGUGUUGCCUCAGUAUGCUCGCCGUGGCCGUGUUUCUGCGACUGCCGAUAUUGGUUAAAGGAAUCCUCUUGGCUGUCAUGACUGUGGGUUACAUGGCCCUGAUAUUGGCGUGGCAUAAGGCGCUGUUCGACUGCUACGAUCUUAUGACUGAACCUGGCAUGGUGGGGUCAGCAUACGUGGCGUGCGCGUGGACGCUGGCGCUAGCGUUGGCAGUGCUGCUGCACGCGCGGCAGACCGAGUGGACGGCCAGGCUCGACUUCCUGUGGCAGGCGCAGGCGAGGGAUGAGAAGAGAGACAUGGACGCGUUACAGGCAUCUAAUAGAAGGAUACUGUUCAAUUUGCUGCCAGCGCACGUGGCUACUCAUUUCUUGGAUAUGCAGUUCAGGUCCAACAGUAACAUGAGGCGCGGUUACCAGGAGCUGUACCAUCAGUCGUACCAGCGAGUGGGCGUGGUGUUCGCCUCCAUCACCAACUACCAUGAGUUCUACAUGGAGCUCGACGGGAAUAACCAGGGCAUGGAGUGUCUGCGGCUGCUCAAUGAGAUCAUCGCUGAUUUUGAUGAGCUGCUAGGCGAGGACCGGUUCAGCGCGAUCGACAAGAUCAAGACGGUGGGGUCGACGUACAUGGCGGCGGCGGGCCUCAUCCCGGACAAGAAGAUGGCGGACGACGCCAGCGCGCGCAAGCACAUGGCCACCCUCGUCGAGUUCGUGUUCGCUAUGAGAGAUAAGCUGAAGGACAUCAACGACAACUCAUACAAUAAUUUUAUGUUGAGAGUUGGUAUUAAUGUCGGUCCAGUCGUGGCGGGAGUCAUAGGCGCAAGAAAACCUCAAUAUGACAUUUGGGGGAACACAGUCAACGUCGCGUCGAGAAUGGAUUCCACCGGUUUACCGAACCACACGCAAGUAACAGAGGAAGUAUAUCAGGUCCUCAAGGACAUGCCUUAUCAGUUCGUGUGUCGAGGCAAGGUGAAGGUCAAAGGGAAGGGAGAGAUGACAACGUAUUUUUUAACGGAUAGAGCGCCUGCGACUAACGGUCCUACAAAUCUGACCUCGAACGGACCGACGCCGAAUCCUCCCGCGGCGUACGGCGGGGUCGCCACUCCGCUCGCCAUGCUGCAGAACUCCGCUCGACGCGCCGCAUCCAACCCUUCCAGACUGCCGCCUCUGAGAGAGACGUCCGUAGCCGCCGAAACGGAACCGCUGCUGCCGAUCAACGGCCACCAGAACAACGGCAACCACAAGGGGAGCAAAGGGAGGAAGGGGAAAGACGAGCAGAGCCCGCCGCCGCCGCCGCCGCACGGCGCGGGCCGCUGGCCGCCGCCGCGCGCGCUGGUGGCGCCGUGGCCGCGGCCGCAGGAGCCGCCGCCCGCGCCCGCCCACAAGCGCCGCCCCCGCCUGCCCCGCCCCCGCUCCAGCGAGAGCCUGCCGCUCACCCGCAGCCCGCGCGUGCACUCCUCCGCCGACGAGCUCAGCUCCCUCACGCGCUCCCCCAGCCUCAGCUCCUCCGACGAGAGCUACUCCCGCACCACCGACGCGUCCCCCUCCCCGCCGGCCCCGCCCCGACACCAGUAUAUCCCCCCGGUGAGGCCCCAGCGGAACCCGAAUCCCGCUUAUGACUAUCCCCCCGUCCGGCAGCCGAAGCCGACCUCCAACCAUAUCAACGAAAUAUACGCUAAACAUAAAAUGAACAAAAAAUCAUCGCUCGACGACAGCCUCGACUUCCAGAAAGAGGAGAAGUUGCAGAGGAGUAUAAUCAAUAUGCUGCAAGCGUCUGUCAAGCGGGACGGAUGCUGCCAAACUGAUAAAAAAGACGUCGGGCGCCUCGGGCAGCGGGCCGGCUCGUUCUCGGGCUCCGGCAGCCGCGCCCGCGCCCACAACCUCAAGCACCUGAACCACGACGCCCGCGACCCCUUCCCCAAGCGCAGCCCCACCGACGUCGUUUGCGUCCCGCCUUUCGAGAGAGAGAUACAGAGGCUGCUCGAUGAUAAGAAUGUUAUCAAAAGUAAUCCACAGAAAGUGGAGCGCAAGGAAUUGAAAUUAGAAUUAAGGGGCCAAAACCCGUCGCUAGAGCCGGGGCGCACGGGCUCCAGCAGCAGCAUGGGCAACAACAACAGCAGCCCGCUGCACCUGGUGGGGCUGGCGGCCAUCGCACAGCUGGCCCGCGCGGAGCCCGGCCCGCCCGACUUCCCGGGCGUGCUGCCCACCGACGUCGUGGUCGAGCUGCCCGAGACCAACCACAUCGGCCGCAGCCGCAGUUCAACGAGCGAACGAAAGGCGGAAGCGAUAACCUCGAAGGAGAAGCAUGAAAAUGAAAUCCAGGAGAGACUUCAUAACCGGGUGACCACUUCGAAUCAUAGAGAAAUGGGCCUCUACGGGGAGAGUCAAUCCGAGUGGAGUUCGUCAUGUUCGGAGGGUGAGGGGGACGGGGAGGGCGGGCAGCCGGAGAGCACGGGCUACACCACGGACGACCCGGCGCUGGAGAACGUGUCCAUGCUGAACGAGGCGGGGCUCACCGACGCCGAGGCGGCGCUCAGCGACGUCAACUCCUGCUACUUCGACCGCGACGACGACGUCUCCUCCCGGGCGUCCUCCCGUCUGCUGGACUCCGAGGCGCUGGUGUCGCUGGAGUCGCUGAGCGCCGUGUACGACUCUGACGAGCCGGCGCACCGCUACCUCGCCAACAUCCGCACCGUCAGCGAGUCCAUCACCAGGAACUUCGGCCAGCCCGCGCACGUCACCGACGCCGAAAGCGACGUCUAGUGAUACUUUGUGAUACUACUGUGACUUCAGAUUCCGCUGUGACUUGUGAUAACUGAGCAAUCUCAUUUGCGUUCGUGACAGACUUCCAACACGCCCGCGGAUACGGGACGAAAUCUUAAUUCGCUCUCUAAUCGAAAACAGAAGGAAUACUCAGAACAAUUUCUCUUGUAAUUUGUGUUGUACAUGGUUGAUUGACCGACAGUAGUGAAAGAAAACGAGUCUCUCGAUAUUUUCAUAUCGGUCAUUUUUACAUUGUUGACGUGCCUGUUAUUUUAAUGAUUUGUAUUUUGUAAAUUGUCCAUAUGUACCUUGUAACCUAUAUAUAAAUCUGUAUGAUAUUCAUGUACAGCCGAAGGUGCCAUGUGAUGGUCCGUGCGUCAUCUAGUAUGUGAUGAUCUCUACAAUUAUAAGGUGCUCUGAACUAGAAUAUUAUGGUUUGUGUUUAGAUAAUGCUAAUGAGUAUGAAUUCGAGCGACCAAUCUGUAGACAUCUAAUUUUAGAAUAAGGGGCUGGUUCCCGCGAUGUACAGUUGUCUUGCGCUCGAUGUGCACGCAAGCAAGACCUUUAACGAAGGAGUUAUUAAGCUAAUUAUAAUACUUUUGCAUUUCAAUUUAUCUUUAGAGUAAACAUUGUUACCAUAGACAGGAAGACUAUCUUUUAGAGAUUAUUUCUUGAAAAAUAUACCUAUCUAUUUAUUUAGAAGAAAAACACGCAAGUAACUUAGUUCCCCUCGGUAUUGCGUCUGGGCAAUGAUACUGAAAUAUAUAAAUCGAUCUAUUGCUUUAUUAGAAAUCGAAAUAUCGUUGCUAUUUAUUUAGUUUUUCAAGCAUUCAGUUGAUUAUUCUAUGUUGAAUAAUAUACAUUAUCUAGUCACCCAAAAAACAAAAGACCGAUUUUUCUUUUCUACACGUGCAAACAUCAUAUAAUUAAAACAUGGUGCCAUCAUCAAUUGUAUAAUUAUAUGUUAUUAUACAAGGAAAUAUAUUCAUUUUUAUUUAGAUAUUCCUAUUUAUUAAUGAGUAAAGUACAAUCUACAUACAAGAAAAACUAUUUCUAUUUUCUAGAAUCCAAGUGAUCUGCAACAUAUGAUCCAUGUCAAUUUAAAUUAAAUACUUUUAUUGCAACAUGUAAAAAUUGUACAAUUUCUCCUUUGAGACACUUGGUAAGUAGCCUUACAUAUGUUGUUAGGCGUGUAAGUACUUAAUUAUUAUUUUUUUAAAUUUAUAAAUCCCGCUUGUGGUUUAUUGAUAUAGGUAUUUUAUACUUUAAUUGAUUGUUGCUGCUUGUUUUCUUUCGUGUCAUUUCUAGGUACUUAUUUAGUAGUUGUCAUUAUCUGAUUUAUAUAUUCUCCCUGAUUAUUGGUGUAAGUAAUUUAUCGGCAUUGGAACAUUACUCAGCGAUUUAUUUCGAACCCGGCUCUCCCUAAUUAGUUACCUAUUAUUUACAAAGUAGUGUAAAAUUUUGUAAAUUUAAUUUGUCUUAAUACUUACAUCUAUGUAAUUAUUGUAGUACUUAAAAAUUACACGCCUCUUGUUUUUGAAACCCAUCAAAGGUAAUGCUUUGUUUUUAUGACGUGGGCUUAUUUUAUUGACCCGACUUGUAUAUAUCGGGGGCGACUGCAUGCUCCAGUGAGAUUUAGACAAUUGUUAAUCUUUGUAAAUAUUGUUGAUCAUCUGUCAAGUGCUAUUCCACUUUAUAGUAAAAAGUGUAUCAUGCUAUGGAGAGAUAUCAUUAUUUUUAGAAGGAAUCCUCUUGUUUGCUAAUUUUAUUCACUAAAGUUCGACUCAACGUUUUCUUGUUGAUGUUUUACACAUAGUGCCAAAAUAUUUUAUGUAAAUGCUUGUAUCAUUAUCGUAAUUGUUUUAUGAUUAUGUUAUGAAAUUUGAUUAUCUCUGGUUACUAUUGAAUUAAAACUGAACAUUUGCAAAAUAAAUAAAUAGAUCCGGUGUUUAGAUUAUCCAAUGUAGACGAGUAGAAUAACAUCACAAAAAAUCAUCUACAAUUUUUAAUAUUCAUACUCGUAAUGGAGUCUAAAAUAUAAUUGUUGUAACUCAAUGUAAGGUACAGUCACUUUUAAAAUCAUUGUAAUAUGUAGUACCUAUACUAUACAAUUCAAUACACACGCUGAACUGUUGUGCUUCUUCAUAUUAAGUACCUAUACCUCUAAUAAAUAUGUAGACCAAAACCACUUAAUACUUAAAAUAACAAUUAAACUAUCUGUUUAUCGUGAAAAAGUAAUUACACCGAAUUAUAUUAUUUAAUAGCAUUGUGUUUAUAGGUACUUGAUUGCCUUGUGUAGUAAUGUGUAUUGUGUACUUUUAUUUAUUUCAAUUCGAUUAAGCAAUAUUACUUACAAAUUAAAAGUGAUUUACAUGAAA